AGAGGAAGAGGCGGUGGAAGAGCAGAGGAGGCCCCUGGAAAAGUCGGGGAGAGAACGUUUCGCGCGACCCCCUUGCAGUGGCGCGCGCGCGCGACAGUCGACGUUUUCCGCGAGGAAAAGCCGCUGUCGUGUGCGAGAGUCGGAGCAUCGGCGGGCAAUCGUUGCACGUUCGAGCGAUCAGUGCGAAGAGGGAGGAGGAAAUUCGGUCCAGGAAGAGAGAGUCGCGCAAGGGUGGUGACCCGUGACUCUCCGCAGCGCGCCGGAGGAGCAAGCACAGCCAGUCCGUUCGACGCACCGCGGGUUGUACCACUGCGCCGCGCGCGAAUUCAGUAGUGACGGUCCGCGCUCUGCUCGGACGUGCGUGCCGCGUUCGCCCCAUGCGUCACUGAUUUGGCCCGCGCCGCGUGACGUAUGGAUCACGACCGCGCUUUUUUUCAGUGUCGCCAGGAAGAUCCAUCGAUCGAUUUUACGAUUCUCGAAGGACGAUUGGUAUCGAACGAAGAAAUAUCGUCGAUCCGUAUAUUUGGCUCUACGUAAACUACGAGAUCGCGAUCGAGAGACCGAGUAUUUUCCUGUAUACUAUUGGUGGACACCGAUCGAUCGAACGUACGUAUACGCCAGCGCGCGUGAAUCCAGCCGAACCCAGUGAUCUCGUGACCUUGUGACACCGCCUAGGGGGAGAGAGAGAGAGAGAUGCACCCACUGAGAGACUGAAAGCGCCCGCCUCGCGGUCGUACGCCGAUCUCGCCACCGUGUCGCGCGCCGCGCGUCGGCUCCUCCCAGAUCGCGAGAGGGUUGGCGAUAAGGAUCGAGGCGGAAGGACGGAGUCUCGCGCAAGCUUCGGGAAAUCGAGAUCGAUCUUCGAUUAGCACGAUCCUCGAAAAAUCGAAAUCGGGAACAGAAAUUUCGCCGAUCGAUCGGGAUUUUGAAGAAAAAAAAAAAAAAAAAGAAAUCGACCCUCUAUGCGGAAAUUGGAAUCCCGUAUCUACGUGAUCGUUUAGAGAAAAUAGAAAAGAAAGAGGUAUAUCUCCUGGGAGAAAAAGGAUCGCGCGCCGAUCGGCAAAAUCCUGUAAAUUGCACAGCGAUCGAAGAAGCGUGCACGGCACUGAGCUUUUAGCCAGCAGCUAAAAGAGGGGGUCUCGUGUUUCCCACCCCCCGGUCGGUGGAAAAUCGAAGACGUGUCGAAACUACCAUGAGCGAGGGCACGCCGAAGUCGCAGACCAAGAUCGUCGUGCCCGAUGGUUCGCCAGCGCGUCCGCAAGCUGGCGAUGGAGGCGGCGCAGGCGGAGAUGGCGAUAUUGUCGGCAGCACUAAUUCUGAGAAAAAAUCCGGAUAUGAAACCAAUCUGUAUCUCUACAGUGAGGAGAUGGAGGAUCGACCGAGGAUCUCGACGUUGCUCAACAGCCUGGCCAAUUAUAGCAACACCAUCCCCGCGGCGACCGACCCUGACAGCAAACCGGCACCGGCUGCGGGACGUGGAGCGCAAAUGGGUACCCUCAUAGGCGUCUAUUUGCCAUGUAUCCAAAAUAUCUUCGGUGUGAUCCUCUUUAUCCGAUUGACAUGGGUGGUCGGCACGGCUGGCGCCAUUCAAGGUUUCUUCAUCGUGCUUUGCUGCUGUUGCGUAACAAUGCUGACGGCGAUAAGUAUGAGCGCCAUCGCCACCAAUGGCGUGGUUCCAGCUGGUGGUUCCUAUUUCAUGAUAUCAAGAAGUUUAGGCCCGGAAUUCGGUGGCGCGGUAGGGAUGCUGUUUUACACCGGUACUACUUUGGCCGCUGCGAUGUAUAUCAUCGGUGCCGUCGAAAUCGUUCUCACUUACAUGGCCCCUGGACUCAGCAUAUUUGGCGACUUUACGAAAGACGCCAAUAUUAUGUACAACAACUUCCGGGUAUAUGGCACUCUCCUGCUGAUGGUAAUGGGAACGAUUGUCUUCAUUGGCGUAAAGUUCGUUAACAAGUUUGCUACAGUAGCACUGGCCUGCGUCAUUCUCUCCAUCAUUGCUGUUUACGUGGGGCUCUUCGUCAACGUUAAUGGCAACGAAUCCCUGAAAUUGUGUGUGCUCGGCAGGCGGCUGUUAAAGGACAUCGAUGUUGUAAACGAUUGCAAUAAAAACUUGAACGGAAAAUUACACAAUCUCUAUUGCGGUAACUUCACCCACACUAAAUGCGAUCCAUAUUUCCUCGCGAACAACCUUACUAUCGUCAACGGUAUUCGUGGCUUGGCCAGCGGUGUAUUCUUAGAGAACAUAUGGGAUCGUUUCCAAGAAGAGGGUCAACUAAUUUCCUACGGAAACGAUCCAAAGGAUAUGGAUGUUUUAUCAAGCUCGUCCUACAAUCAAAUUCAAGUCGAUCUCACCACAACCUUCACCAUUCUCAUCGGUAUAUUUUUUCCCUCCGUAACAGGCAUCAUGGCGGGCUCCAAUCGAUCUGGUGACUUAGCUGAUGCCCAGAAAUCCAUCCCGAUUGGCACAAUCUGCGCAAUUCUAACAACUUCUACUGUCUAUCUGUCCAGCGUCUUACUCUUCGCCGGUACCGUUGACAAUUUGCUAUUACGUGACAAAUUUGGUCAGAGUAUCGGCGGCAAGCUUGUAGUAGCAAAUAUGGCAUGGCCGAAUCAGUGGGUGAUUCUGAUCGGUUCUUUUCUAUCCACUUUGGGCGCCGGUCUUCAAUCAUUAACGGGAGCGCCACGAUUACUGCAGGCGAUCGCUAAAGACGGCAUCAUUCCUUUCCUGUCGCCGUUCGCCACCAGUUCCAGUCGGGGCGAACCUACUCGUGCUUUAGUGCUCACCGUGUUGAUCUGUCAAUGUGGAAUCCUGCUCGGCAAUGUGGAUUAUCUAGCACCAUUGCUGUCCAUGUUCUUCCUCAUGUGUUAUGGGUUCGUAAAUCUCGCCUGCGCAUUACAGACCCUGCUGCGUACGCCUAACUGGCGGCCGCGCUUCAAGUAUUAUCACUGGAGCUUGUCUUUCAUCGGUCUGGCACUCUGCAUUGCUAUCAUGUUCAUGACCAGUUGGUAUUACGCACUGUUGGCAAUGGGUAUGGCUGGCUGUAUCUACAAGUAUAUCGAAUAUCGUGGCGCUGAGAAGGAAUGGGGCGAUGGUAUUCGCGGUCUGGCGCUAUCUGCUGCUAGAUACUCAUUGCUCAGACUCGAGGAAGGUCCGCCGCACACGAAGAAUUGGCGUCCACAGAUCUUGAUUCUUGCCAAACUCACCGACGAUCUGGUACCCAAGUAUCGUAAACUCUUCGCCUUCGCUAGUCAGCUCAAAGCCGGCAAGGGCCUCACCAUCAGUGUCAGUUGCAUCGCUGGCGACUAUACGCAGAACUCGGGCGAAGCCCUAGCGGCUAAACAAAGCUUGAAGAAGACCGCGGCAGAAGAGAGGGUCAAAGGUUUCGUUGAAGUUCUCGUAGCAAGGAAUACCGUCGAUGGCCUAAGCUCGCUGGUACAAACCAUCGGACUGGGUGGUUUGAAACCCAAUACCGUGAUACUGGGAUGGCCGUACGGUUGGCGGCAAUCAGAGGAAGAGAGAACCUGGCGAGUCUUCCUGCAAACCGUGAGAAGUGUUGCAGCCGCCAAGAUGGCCUUGCUAGUACCUAAAGGCAUAAACUUUUUCCCAGACUCCAGCGAGAAGAUAAUUGGCAAUAUUGAUGUUUGGUGGAUAGUACACGAUGGCGGUCUAUUAAUGCUGCUACCGUUCUUGUUGAAGCAGCAACGUACUUGGAAAAAUUGCAAGAUGAGAAUCUUCACAGUUGCACAAAUGGAAGAUAAUUCUAUACAAAUGAAGAAAGAUCUAAAGAAGUUCUUGUACGACUUGAGAAUUGAAGCGGAAGUUGAAAUCGUUGAAAUGACAAAUACAGACAUCUCUGCGUACACGUAUGAACGUACUCUGAUUAUGGAACAAAGGAACCAGAUGCUACGCGAGUUACAACUGAAUAAGAAGCAGUCACUAGGAGUGGUGCAGUCAUUGGUGGACUUCAACGAGGUACCCGCCGAGGAAAAAUUACCUCUGGUGCAGACAAUCGUGGAUCAUCAUCACAACGUCGACGCCAAAAUACCAUCGAAGGUGAGAUUCCAGGAGCCGGGUAACCAAAGCACAAAUGUAACCGACGACACGAAGGAGAAACUGAUGCAGGAAACUGAGUUGAACAAUAAAGAAUCAGAAGUUACCGAGGAGGCAGACGAGAAAGAAGAGGCUAAGGAAAACAAUGAGGAGACAAAAGUUACCAGCGACUCACCUAAAACGGAGAACAAGGAAAACAAGGAGAAUGCAGAGAAGGAGGAGAAAGAAUGUAAUUCGCAGGAGAACAAUAGUCAGAGUCCAGAAGUUAAGAAACCUACGAUUACACCCGACGAGGGUGACGUAAGGCGUAUGCACACCUCGUUAAAGUUGAAUGAAGUAAUCCGGAAGAUGAGUAGUGAAGCUCAAUUGGUUAUCUUGAAUCUUCCUGGACCACCACGCGACACCAAGAUGGAACGUGAAUCUAAUUACAUGGAAUUCCUCGAGGUGCUCACCGAAGGGUUGGAAAGGGUAUUGAUGGUGCGGGGUAGCGGACGGGAAGUGAUCACUAUCUAUUCGUGAACUAUUCGUAAAGUGACGGGAAUUGAUGCCGCUGUCUUGCGGAAACAGAGCUCUAGUUUAUUUCUCAGUGACCUAAACGACACCAUCUUAAGGAACAAGAAGCCAUCAUUGUGCCAUUGUCUGCGUAGUCACUUGCGUCGCGCACUCUGAAAGUUAUUAAAGGAAGAGAGAUGAUAAAUGGACGGGGACGAUGGCGGUCGUCUGUCUAUGUUGGACAUGGAAAACGAAGCUUCUUCGAAGCCGACUUAUAACGCGAACCGAUCGUCCAAUGAUGAAGCCAAAAAAGCGACGAUACCAAAGGAUAUAAGUUUCCUUUAAAUGGAUUUCUGAACCAGUCUAUUUAUGUGUCAGAUAUGCUUGUGUCAGCGAGAACUAUUCAGAUUCACAUUCGACAACCUGUCAAGCUCAGCCGAGCUAGCCGGACAACCGUGGUUGGUAUCUUUUAGAAAUCACCUAAUGAAUAAAAACUGUAGCUCAACGACAUGAGUCCCGAGUAAACGUCACUUCGAUUCGAUUCCUUUGCAACUGACAGCUAAAACUCACGUCUAAAAAAAAA